UUGCAGUUAUCUGCAGUAGGUGUGAUAGCAGUUCAGUGUUUGCUAUCAAACCGGCAGUCAAUAAUUACCCUGAUUUCUGAAGGCAAACACUAUUUUUCUCUGUCUCUGUGAAUACAUCAUAUCUGUGUGUGUUUUGUGUAUGCGUGAGAAGGGGCAACGCUUAUAGAAAAUGUACAGAUCCUUUCAGAAAAUGAACAGAAACAAUGGACCCUGGGGAAAAAAGUAUGUUUGGCCCCAUUAGGCCCUCCCACAAAGAGCAGGCCAGCCCAUCUCUCUCCUGCUCUGUGAUAAUCAGUCCAGAGUUCACCUGCCGUUCACUCGACUUUAUCCUCUCUUACUGUCGAGCUAUUCACUUCUGCCAGAACUCUGUUUCUCAGGAGAUCCGUUCCUCGGAGGCAGGAAUGAAGCUGAUUGUGGAGUGCUGAGCACGGGGCCUGAUUGAGGACGUCACGUGGAGUGGUCGCCUGCUCCGAGGUGACGGGAAAAUCACACAAUCUACGGCAUUAUAAGCUCUCAACACUUCGACGCUCUCAACAAGAGAUGGAUGGAAACCUCGGCAGCUGAGAAAUCAGGAGUGUCUUGUCUUCAAUGGAGAGGUCUGAGGUUAUUUCACGCACUUUACCGCCACCCAGCCAAUCAGAGGUGGAGCUGAUUGCGAGGACUGGAGUGGCUUGAUUCACAUACAGCACACUGGAAGUACCUUGAACUCUAUUAUGAAAAUGGUCAUUUGCUGGAUUUUCACAAUGUCAGAAGGGACAUGAAUGUAUGUAAUCUACUGUAUGUGUAUUUAUUCAUGUUUAAAACAUCCACCUGCUGUCAUUUUUAUUGGUCAUUUUGUCAUCAACCUUUAGGGAAGUAACUGGAAAUCAGCGUGCUGUUAUUUCUGAGUAAACUGCUAUUGACUCACAGUAUGAGUAAUCAGGUAUUAUCAGUAGUUUUAUGACCAGCUUGAAAAUAUUUGACCCAACCAAAAGCCAACAGUGGUGGUAUGACUGGAAGACAUCUCCAUAACUGAGGACAGGAUGCUGCCGUGCAACUCUACGGGUUCAGAGGAUCUUCUGGGAAACAGCAGUCACGCUGGGCUGGAAAAUGUGGAGCAGGUCCUGGUCCCGAUAUUAGAUGUACUGAUUCUGGUGCUGGGAGUUGGCGGGCACACUGUGGUGAUGGUGAUCCUGUGUAGGAGGCGGAGAUGUAGGGUGGGAUGUACUGGACAGUCCCCUCAGAGCUCCAUGACCGGCACAGGAACCGACGUCCUCCUGCUGGCUCUGAGCGCUGCAGACCUGCUUCUGCUCUCCAUGCUUCCUUUCCACACUGCUGCCAUCGCCAUGCAGCGGUGGCCGUUUGAGGAAGUCAUGUGUCGUCUGGUGAGCUUCUUGGGUUCGGCCUGCUCCUCGGCCAGCGCCUUCACGCUGGCCGCGCUGGCUGUGUCUCGCUAUCUGACUGUGGUGCGGCCCGCCAGAGCCUUCGGCCUCCUCUCCCCUCGCCGGGUGUCUAUAGCUGCUGCGCUCCUCUGGGUCCCGGCCUGCUGCCUGGCUACUCCCCAGCUGGUCUUUCGCUUUGUGGAAACCCCAGGGCGAACGUCUGAUGGCCUCGCUUGCUUUGCUUUCCGGUCCCACACAGAUCAGCUGAUCUAUGGAUUGUUCCACUUCCUUGCGGCCUUCUUGCUUCCACUGGUCACCAUUGCGGUGGCAUACGGCAGCAUCUACUGGUUCCUGUGGGGGAGGCAGCACGCCGGCGGCGCCCCCCAGGUAGAGCGAUACCAGAGCAGAGUGACCCAGACGUCGGCCAUGCUCGUGCUAGCUUUUACCCUGUGCUGGCUGCCGUCCUACGGCCUGACGUUGGCCUUAUUGGCAGAUAACAGCUCAGGGGCCACUGGCGCCUCACCACGUUAUGGCCCCUUCAGCGUAUUUGCACGCUUCAUGGCGACCUCCUCUACGGUGAUGAACCCCAUCCUCUAUGUACUGAUGUCCCAAAAGUUCAGACAAGACCUAAUGAAACUGUUUGGGCGCAGGCAAAGAGACAGUGUUGCUGUGGCUAUGACUGCUGCCUGACAGUAUUACUAUCAACAACUAGGUUGAUAUAACUGAACACCUGACAACACAAACACUGAGUAAAUCCUACUGGGACUACUGGGAAUUACAGUAAAACAAUCACAAGCCGAGUUGCUUUGCUGAAAGACUUGCAUUAAAAAAAAAUGGACACAAUCGUUACCCUCACGAGGAAAGUCUACUUAACAGAGCAAAACAACAGCAUUCCCAACAGCAGGCAACAGCUUAACAACAUCCACUGGUAGUCUGGAUAUUGUAUAAGAAGAUCAAACCGGUAUCUUCGGGAGGAGCCGCUCCACAGGGACAGUAGGACAAACAAUCCUCAAUCAUGCAUUCCUUGUAAAACAGUUUAAAGUAAAGGCACUUUGGUCAAACAUUAA